GGCCGCGAGAACGGUUCACAGACGCAUAACCUUAUUUCCACAUCCACCCUUUUGAAUCCUCGAAAAGAUUUCUGCAGGAGGAGCGAAGGCGGACAAAGCCGUCGAAUCUAAAAGCUGACAACUCGGCAUCACCACCGGCCUUUCUCAUCUGAUAGCUUCGACCAAGACAUUGGAUGUUACGUGCAUACAAUUAUUCGCAAGCACAGCGAGGGCCUACGCGGGCAUCCCAUGCAUGUCACAACAUCAACGAUGGACAUCAGCCCCCCUCGAUCUGAGAUCCCGACAUUCCUGGCUACAUUGUGGUUCGUAAAUAGUUCUUGGCAUUCCAUCGUGGUGAUUCAGGUACACGCAGUGACUGCGGGGUUCGCUGUCGAAUGCCUCUCAUUUCGUGAAGACUUCAUUUUCUCCUGCCUGUAUUGUUGGUCGGCGGCGGCACAGUCGUACUAGAUCGUCGAAUGGCCUGCGGUGCGCUGCUGUCUUGGCAGCCGCCGAUCUGACCGGCCAUCUUAAACGGGCAGCUGUCGAGGAGGCUCAGUGAGACAUAGGCUUGGUAAACUGGAAGCCUAAUGUUAUCAUCCCUCCUUUCUUUUUCCCUUUUCUAUAGUGUGUGAGGAGGUGACACCUCUCAGGCGUUUGCAGAGUUUACUGAAGGAUGCCGUUGCCUGCCGUGGGGUCUCCAAAAUGAGGCCGAACAAUGGACCCAUGAGAGGCAGCCUUACAUGUGAUGAGGGUAUCCAGGUCAGCAGUAAGGGCCAUCAAGAUAGGUGAUUUUGAGAUAUAAAGGUCCUCUUCCUGUCCGGCUCUUGAGUCACAUCAUCAACACCAACAUCUCAGCUUCUUUCACAAAACAUUCCUCUAAACAUGCAGCUCUUGUCCACCCUCGCCCUCUUAGGCAGCACCCUCACGGCCCUCGCCAACCCCAUUCCCUCUUCUGAGCUGGUCGGCGAGCUCAACAAUGACCACGACAUCACGCGCAACGGCACCGUUCUCGUCUCCCGCGAUAUUCGCGGCUCCAUCCCCAUUGGCGCCCACGCCAUGGAGCACCGCUUCCAGCCCGUCAUCGACUUCGACAAAGACGGCUGCUACUACACCUCGGCCGUCGACCGUUCCUCCAACCUCAACCCCGGCCUCGGCACAGGCGGCUGCCCUCACCACAACUGCCGCGAGCUCAACCGGCUCGAGAACAACAACGUCUACUCCCGGAUGCGGUGCAACAACGGCUGGUGCGCCAUCAUGUACGAGUACUACUUCGAAAAGGACCUCUGGGCCUGCGGCAGCGGCCACCGCCACGAGUGGGAGAACAUCAUUGUCUUUGUCCAGAACGACAGACCCCGCCGUGUCUCUGGGGCAAGACACGGAAAGCACGACCGAGCGACGAACAGCUUCCGGGUCAAGGAUGACACCAGAGUCAAGAUGGUCUAUCACAAAGAGGGUGCUGGAACGCACAACUUCCGCACUGCCAAUGCGGGUGACGACAAGAUCGAGAACCACACCGGCCAAUGGUUCCUGGGCCGCCUGGUCGGCUGGAACUACUGGCCCAGCGUUGCCAUGAGGAACAAGGUCCUGGACGGCAAGAACUGGAGCAAAGACGGCGGCAUCCGGCCCAAGCUGGGUGAUAGGGACUUUGCAGACAAUUUGAAGCAGGCUGCUGGUAACUCGGUCCCCGGCUUCAACCCCAGUGUGGAUGGCUAAAGUCUCUCAAGUGUCAAGCUCUCUGAGCUUAUGUUUGAGAAGAAUAAUAACAGGUUGGCAUCACAUGAUGUGGGUGAUGAAGUAAUAGGAGAUUUUGGCCGAGUUGGAAGUAGGAAGUUGGUAGUCUGGUAAUGAGUUUACAUUUCAAGUUGUUCUACACUUUCCAGUAGAGGUCAUGAAGCUAUG